AUCAGACUUGCUACAUCCCUGCCAAGGGUGAGCAUUUACGCGCGAUCCGGUAGCCGAUCUCCAGCAGCCGUGCACCGCCAUCAGGACUAAUUUCAUCAUGAAAACUUUCAAACUCUUUAUUUUGACAUAAGCCGUUUUUUUCUGCGUGUGCUGGAGAGAAGAAGCCCAACUUCUACCACGGCACACCAUCCGUGUCGCGGUGAAGUUAUUCCAUCUUCUUUGGGUGCCAAUUAUAAAGGCCCCGCAUUGAAGCCUCUCCAGCCGCCAGUGACCCUGUUAGCUGGCUUUAAUGUCAACGAUCUGGCUCCAAAGUGGAGGGAAUUACCUCACUUUUAGUCUCCAAUCAGGCAAAAAAGAAGAGCAAUACAGCAAAAUGCAGAGCUUGACUCUUUUUCAACCCUUGUGCUCUUUUGAGGGUCUGACUGCUCUUGCUUUCUGGUGAAACACAGGGUCAGGACUGUGUGGAUAAAACCCUGAGGGUUUUGACAUUUCAGCUUUUCUGUCUUUUUUUUUUUUAAUUUUUGCUCCUCUUCUGGCCUCAGUGCUUUUUGGAAAAGGCCCAAAUGAUCUGGUGGUGUUGCUCAGGCAUAUGCAGAGCCCUGGCUCUUCUGGCGCUCCUGUUUCCCUUGCAGGAGAGGAGCUGCUGGGGUCUCAAUCCCAGCUCUGGGGAUCUGGAGAAGCCUCCACACUCUGAUCCAGACCCCUGGGAUGUCCCGCACAGAAACAGACGCAGCUGGGUAUGGAACCAGUUCUUCGUAUUAGAAGAGUACACAGGAAAUGAACCUCUCUACGUUGGCAAGCUACACUCAGAUGUGGACAAAGGAGAUGGCAAGGUGAAGUACGUGCUCUCUGGUGAGGGUGCCACCUCCAUCUUCACCAUUGAUGAGAACACGGGAGACAUCCAUGCCACAAAGCGGCUUGACCGAGAGGCUCAGGCUUACUACACCCUUCAAGCUCAAGCUGUAGACCGACUCACCAAUUUGCCUGUGGAACCCAAAUCUGAAUUUGUGGUCAAAGUCCAGGACAUCAAUGACAAUGAGCCCAAAUUUCCUGAUGGACCGUACCUGGCAGGAGUACCAGAGAUGUCACCCUUAGGAACCAUGGUAGUGCAAGUGGUAGCCACAGACGCGGAUGACCCAACAUACGGGAACAGUGCCAGGGUGGUUUACAGCAUCGAACAUGGACAUCCGUAUUUCUCAGUGGAGCCAAAGACAGGUGUCAUCAGAACAGCUCUGCCAAACAUGGACCGGGAGACGAGGGAUCAAUAUGUUCUCGUCAUCCAGGCCAAAGACAUGGUUGGCCAAAUGGGUGGCCUCUCCGGCACCACCUCUGUAACGGUCACGCUCACAGAUGUCAAUGACAACCCGCCUCGGUUCGCUCACAAGAACUAUCAGUACACGGUGCUCGAGUCCCUGCUGGUGCAAUCUGUUGUGGCCAGAAUAAAAGCAGCGGAUGCUGAUAUAGGCUCCAACGCAGAGAUGGACUACAGGAUCAUGGACGGCGAUGGGCCCGGCGUGUUCAACAUAACGACAGACGAGGACACACAAGAUGGGGUCAUAAUGCUGCUGAAGCCUUUAGACUUUGAAACAAAGAGCAUCUUUUCUCUGAGAAUCGAAGCCACAAACAGGAAUAUCGACCCCAACUUCUUGAGCUCGGGACCGUUUAGCGACACGACAUCGGUCAAGGUGACGGUGGAGGAUGUGAACGAGCCGCCCGUCUUUUCCACACCGUUGAGCAAGAUGGUCGUUUCAGAGGACGCCAAAGUGGGCACCUCGAUCGGGAGAGUCUCUGCCCAUGACCCAGAUAACUCCAACAGUCCAAUCAGGUACUCCAUUGACAGGAACACAGACUUGGAGCGCUUCUUUAAUGUGGAUGCUCUAAGUGGGGUCAUCAGCACAGCCAAACCUCUGGACCGAGAAGCAAACUCGGUCCACAACCUCACCAUCUUUGCCAUCGAGAGCCAUGACCCAACCCAAAUCGGAAAAGGCAUCACUUUGAUCACAGUGCAGGACAUAAAUGAUAACGCUCCGGUUUUUGCCAUCGACUAUGAAACACUUCUUUGUGAAAAUGCCAUACCAGGACAGGUGAUCCAGACAAUCAGCGCAGUGGAUAAGGAUGAACCUUUGAGUGGUCAUCGCUUUUAUUUCGCCCUGGCAGGACCUGCUGCUGGUAACCUUAACUUCACUCUGCGAGAUAAUAAGGGUGAGACAACCUUUUGUGUCAUGGUUCUACUAAUUGUGACUAUGCGUCGGAGAAGAAAAGAACCUCUGAUUCUGGAAGAGGAAAGAGAUAUCAGAGAAAACAUCGUCCGUUACGACGAUGAGGGAGGGGGCGAGGAGGACACAGAGGCCUUCGACAUGGUGACCCUGCGUAACCUCAAUGUCAUCAGAGACCCCAAUGUACGACGAGACGUCACUCCAGAUACCCCUACUUUCUUUCAUUACCCCUCAGCUUCUCGCCCGUCCUAUAAAUCCCUACCAGACAAUGUGGUGUUUCGAGAGUUUAUUUGGGAGCGACUGAAGGAUGCCGACGUGGACCCAUCAGCUCCUCCGUACGACUCUCUGCAGACGUAUGCUUUUGAAGGUAGCGGCUCUGUAGCUGAGUCGCUAAGCUCACUGGAGUCACUAAGUACAGACUCAGAUCAGAACUAUGACUAUCUCAGCAACUGGGGACCACGCUUCAAAAAGCUGGCUGACCUGUACGGCAACAGCGAUAGCACCACUGUCUUGUCAUAGCCACUAAAUGUGUUUCUUAACAUUUGUGGGACUCCAAAAAAUAAUAGUAAUUUAUUGUCAGAGAAAAUGAUUUUGUCUGCCUUAGUGCAUUGGAGGAAAAGAUUCAAAGACAACACAAGAGACUGAAAGAAAAACACUUUGACUUCAAAGGUUUUUUUGGUUUGUUUACCUCCCUGUAUGGAUUUUGAAAAGCGUGCCAUGGUGAGUUUUGACACGGACUUCAAAAGUGGCUUGACUGAGGAGGAAACCUUGUGUGCAAAAGACAUUAAAGGUUUCAGAUUUUGGGCUUGGGUCCAACCAUUGACUGCAGAAUGCAUACAUGUUGGAGCAUUUUUACGGGGAGGCACCUGUCCUUUCAUUCCUGUGAUGGGCACCGGCCCAGCACUCUUGCUUUGAAGCAUUCCUUUGCUAUCUUUGUGCUAAAAAAAAAUAAAAAAAUUUCUCAUGAAAGGCUGUGUCUCUAGCGGCUAAUCAGUAGUCAUUUGACUGUUCAUAUGAAAUUUGACAGCAGUUUAUAUGGGAUUUUUUUUUUUCUCCUUCUUCUAUCUUUGGGAUGGGGAGCAGGGGGAUGAGGGGCUGUUUUUCACAAACACUGAAAUCGAGGAGCCACAUUAUUCACGGACUCAGAAAUAUCCUUCAACACUAUAUGAAGUGCAACUGCACACAUAUAAUAAAGUAUAAACAAGUAUUUGAUGUGCUAAGGAAAUGAUGUGAAGACAUAAGUUGUGCAAAUCAUAAAAAGAAUGACAUGCUCGUCAUUUUGAUGUCUCCACUGGGUGAAACAGGAAAACAUCAUUUCUCUUCUUCUCCCAACAAUACAUUUUGCAGAAGUUGCAAUGUAGUGUUUGUCUCAGUCUGUUUUUUCUUCAGCCUUUCUAUUGCAAAGUCAAAUGUAUAAUUUCUGAGGUAUAAUCUGUCAGGGUUUAGUUGUUUUGCUUUUGUACAAGGCAGGUUGGGUCUGGGAAUGUUUGCUACACCAGAAACUGUCACUGAUGGAUCUGUCCUCGCUGUGCUUGAUUGCAAAUUCACACCACCUAGACUAAAAAAAUAAAUAAAUGUUUCUGAGGCGACAGUCCUAACCUGGGUGAAGUUGCAGUUUGUAAGUAAAUGACUUUUGCUUCUGUAGUUUGCAGAUUCCAGCAUAUAUUGUCUUUCAGAAAUGAAGUAAAUAAUGUCAGUGGUUUGAAUAUUGAUGGUGAAAGGACACACUGUAUGAUAAUCAUUUUGUGCCAAUUUUCUUUUCCAGCUUAAACAAAUUACGUUACAACUAGGUGUCCACAUGUACACUGAUAUGUAUUCUUAUUUAUUUUGAAGAGGCAGAACUGUGCAAAUGAUGUUUUUAUCUUUUGCUGAAAAUAAAAUUGACAUUC